CGCCGAACAAGGGCCGCGCCGGGGCAAGGUCGAGAUUGGGGAAGUGGGGAAGCUUGCUUCCAUUCAGUGGGCAUGGCGUGGAGAUUACUGCUUUCAACCCACGCACAAAGCAAUACCACCCAAGCAAGCAGGCAAGAAGAAGAAGGUGGGACCCCGAACCACAGCCGCCGGGAGGAAGGUUCAAGGUUAGCCGGGGUCUGCUUCUUUGCCUUCUGAGGCUUUCGUUGUGCGUGCUUGGUUGGGUUUCGCCUGCCUCCACACAUGAAUGCUACCACGAUACCAGUAGUAAUCCAAAGACCCAUAUGAAAGAUGCUGCACGCGAGGCACGAAGUUCUAGGCUAGCUGAGGUGCUCGAUGCGAGCGAGGCCAGCAAGGGUGCCUUACUGGAGACUA